AGUGACAGAUGGAGUCCUGCGACCAAGUCACGCGGCAAAAUGCGUGACCCAACUGCACUUUGCGUAUUCGGCACAUUAAAACAUAAUCUCGAGCAGGCUGAAGAGCCUAAUGCCCCACGAUGGUACAAUCAUUUACAGUCCUCUGUUCUAAAGUGGCCGCUCCUCCCUGUGUAUUAACAUUAGUGAGAGGGGUUCGGAAAAACCUCUUGGCGCGCAACAUCACGAGGUCGUCGCCAUGGCAACGGGCCCCACAUCGGAGAAUAAUGCACUCGGCGUUUUAUUUUUAGAAUCUCCGAGGCUGCUGCAUGCGCGCAACUUCUGUUCACUGUCCCCCUCCGGUCAAUAAUUCAUAUUCUAUGGCGAAGCCUGCGACGAGGAGUCAGGGAGCGGGCUGCCCGUCCUGGGACGUCCCCCCGAGCUGCGGGGCAGCGGGACACACGGCGUGACGGUUGUCAACGAGCCACAUCGAUGAGGUGAGCUGAUCUCUUCCGAAUGUUUUCUUGAUGGCAUUUUGGGAAAAGAAGAAAACACAUUUGUUGUAUUUUUUUUUUUAGUGCGAUCGAAUUUUUAUAUUAUUUAUAACUAUUUUUUGAGUUGAGGUUACAGGACGUGUUUGUGGUUUGUGUGUGUUGCUAAAAAUGUCACAUGGGCCUAAAUACAACAAAUGUUGUAUCUAUACAUUUUACAUAUAUUCAGUUGUCUAGUUGUGGAUAAAUAGAAAGGGCACAUGAAUUAUUGAAGCUGUCAUUUUAAGCUUGGCUUAUUUAUAUAUAACCUGUACUAACUCAAUAUUUUUAACCAGAGUAAAGACAACACAGUAAAAAAAAAUGAAUGCCGUGUGAGGAGAAAAUAUAAUUGCAACUGUGCAAGGUAGAAACUAUAGUAAGUGGUCAGAAAUGAAAGCAUGCAAAAAAGAUUGAGUUAUUUAACUGUAAAUGAACUGUUAUGUUCAAUGUGGCUCAACGGUAAAUGAAGAGUAGUUUAACGGCAGAGUGCUGACGGCGGUGUGCGUGAGAAGUGGGUGGUUUUGUCAAUUUAAAAGAAAGUUAGCAGCUUCUUUUUGUGGAAGUUGUAAAAAUUCUUCAGCACAAAAGGGGAGUAACUGGGUGGCCACAGGGAGAAAGGACCUCCUGUUGCAUUUGGUGAGAUUACGUGUGUCCUAUGUGAAGCACUCUGAAUUGCCCUGUUGCUGAAACGCUACACUAACAUAUAUAGUAUAUCACGUGCACGUGCGUUGAUGUCCAGGAAGCACCCCGGCCCUCAGAGAGCCCAGACACGGGCCUCCAUGACCACAGAGUACCAGGAGAGGUUCCUCCCUCCUCGCUGCUUCAAGACUGUCAUCUCAACCUCCAUACAGAAAGACCCCUACCAUCCACUGAAGGGGAGAAGCAAUAUGACCACUAUGAGGUCGUUCCAUGUCACCCGCAAAUGGGUACAAGACCCACCAAAGCCCCCACAGUCACCUUUGCCACCCAAAGAACACCAGAGACCCGGCAGCGCACCAGGAAACCCUGCUUGCGUUUCAGUGAACCAGCCGCCCUCCGGGGUGGAGGACUACACAUCGGUGUACAAAAAUGAUUUCCGAGCUUGGAUAGCAGACCGGCGGCAGCCAUACAGGCUGAACGACAGCUUGAGAGUCAACCAAGGAUUAGUUGUCAUAAAUAGCUCUUCCAAAGGAGGACGCGUGCAGAAAAAUUCUGCUCAACUUGAUACAAACUCCAGACCUGCCCGAGUGGAGCAGGAACCGCGACCAUUUGAAAGUAUCACCAGCAACAGAUCGGACUACGUCACCCAUUUGGUGCAGCCCAGGACACGCAGGGUGAGGCCGGUGGACCAAACCAACAAGGGUCCGCUGUUAGAACCCGCAGCGUCCUUUAGGCCAAAGUUGGCUUGGCAAACAAACCAAGAACUUCUAGAAGGAGUCAACGACUUAUUUCAGCAAUUCAAGAGCUGGUCUCUCGAAACCAAGGACCAAUGCCGAGGUAAAGGCCAAGCGACCGGGCCACCAGCAGCUCACGAUGCCUUUCUCUCCACGAUGCAUGCAGCCUACACGCCACACAAGUGUCAACGCACCAUGCCGAUCCUGCCAUCUGUGCGAACCAGUGAGAAAAGCAUGAAGCCCUUUCUUGCCACUACCACCAUGAAGGAGGACUACAGAGCCUGGGAUGCACUGGUGACGCUUCCCCAUCGUCAAAAAAACAAACACCGCGUCAGUCUGCGCACCUAAGUCUGCUGAGACAAACCCUAAACCAUCGCACCUCCAUCCACAAUUGAAUGGGUCUGCCAUCUUUCCAGCUCUUACAGAACAGAGAAUCCCCAAUGUCCUGCAGAGAAUGGAGCUUUAAAUGCAUUUAAAUCAGAUUCCAGGAUGUGCCUGGUCCGACUCUUAGGACACAUGAGUAACUUGGCCUUGUGGUGUGAAGACCAAAUAAUCAGCUGCAUGGUUUCCAGCAGAAGCUAAGACUUCCUAAAGACCGAGCCACCGACAGGGUGUGGUGCUGCCACAUAUUUCCUUACGUGGCUUCUACUUUUACACCAAUAAAAUGCCAUAAAUAAAACGGAGAUUAUGUAAUGGCAGCUAUUUUUAUACCACUGCUCUUCAGCACAUCUCAUUUUGAGUGUUAUGUAAUCUAAAGAAUCAAAGGCAUUUUUCUAUUACAACAAAGAUCUUCCAGCUAAUGAAAGGUGUGCAAAUUAACUAUUUGUAAUUUUAACAGCUGCUUGUCAAUAACUCAUCAGGGGGUGCAAAACCUUAUUUAUUUUAAGCCAAAAUUUAAACCCGGGUUAAUGUUCCGUCCGAACGGAAACCCUCAUAUAAUAGUACUUAUUGCGGCCCAUUUAUUCUGAAUUAAAAAGCAUUUUUCCUUCCACACAAAAGCACAACUGGACUGCAAAUACAUAACAAGAAAAACUGUAAUUAUCAAAUAGUAACCUUUUAUUAAAAAAAAAAAAAAAAAAGGCAAAUGUAAUUCUUAAUGAAUUACUCUGGACUGGAAGAACUGUCAAAUCAGUUAUAUUUACAUCAUAUACAGAUUUUUUUUCUCUUUAAAAAAUGAUUUUGACUUUUAAAAAAAAAAUGUUUUUAGCCCAAAUGCCAAUAUGCAUAGCAGCAUUCCACAUAAUCCUGGGAGCUCCAGUGCAAACGGAGAAUAAGGGGACGUUUUGACUAAUUGACUGUGGUUCAAGUUCUCUAUGAAACGGAAUACACAUAAAAAACAACUAUCCCCUUUGAAUCACAUCAUGUAAAAUCUACAGUAAAAAAAAAAAAAGUUUCAGCAGCUGUCAGUCUUCUUGAAAACGGAUGUGCUUAUUAGCCUCCUUUGCCCGGGCGAUGAUGAUUUUUUCUGCUUUGGAUAUGAGCUGGAGUGUGACAGGGAAAUGAGAGAUUACAUGUAACGGCACAUAAACAAGAGACGGCGCAACUUUAACUGUAGUGAAGGUAUGUGUGUGUGUUUGUGUUCAGAUGCCAAAACUAUCCUAGGUAUUAGACCAUAUCCAAAAUGUUGUUACUAUUCAAAAUAAGCUGCUUACAAAAUAUGCAACUGCACUCACUUAUGAGUGAAUAUGCAUUAUGAUGUAUUCACAUUUUUCUCAUAAUCUGUUGUUUUAUUCUUAUUGUAUCUUCCUGCUUGGUGUUAUUUGUUGUGUUCAAGUAUGUUGUAACAUUGCUAAGAAAAGUGCUAUAUAAAUAAAGUUGAUUAUUAUUGUUAUUAUUUAAAAAAAAACGAUAAUAGCAAUACUAUUCUAUUCUGUCUGCUAUUGCAUUAUACAACUUUCUGUAAACAGACCCUUUUUUUAUUACUCAAAAUGGAAUAACUAAUCAUUUGUAUAUGAUAAAUAUAUUGUUGUACACAAUAAUGUUGAUGAACUGUUUAUGUAUUCUUUCAUUUUAAAAAUGAACGCAGGCCAGGGCGAUCUCACCUUCUCUGUACCCCGCUUCUUUUCUCUCGGACGAUUCAAUUUGACCUGGCGGUCCACCAGGAUCUUCUGCCAGUACCUUUGUUCGUGGUCACCUUUCAAAGGAAUUAAAAAGAAACUCAAAUGUAAAAAAAAAAAAAAAGUUGCUUUCUUACUCCCUGACUGAAAGUACAUCAAAAAGAAAAGUGACAUUCAACUAUGUAAAAGCACAAAACUUGAUACGAGCCGUCCCAAUAAAUUAUUUUCACCAUCAUCAAUAAUGAAAACCAGUGUGUCAUCCAUACCCUCUCCUCGUUUAGACCGGACUCAUGUGGGCGAUACACGAGCAUACACGCAAAAUACGAUUGCACCUCGUGUGAUGAUGAAAAUUCGUAC